GAUGCUCUGACUGCUCUCCUCGCAGCCGACACGCUUCCAGGUGAGCUCAGCAAAGACUCGCCGCUCAGUCUCUCGCUGUGUUGCAGAAGCGGACGGACGCCUCGAGACGUCACCGAGGAGAGAACGUUUGACUCGCUCGGAAACCACAUCAGAGCCGGUGAGAGAGCAAGCGAGCGAGAGCGUGUGAAAGGAGGAGGAGUGACAGAAACCAGGCAAGAAAAGAAAGGCUCUCAUUAAGUGGCUAAGCAAAUUGCGUUGGGCACGCCAGCAAACUCUGUCUCCCUCUCGAGCACGGAAGGCGAAGUGGAGCCAGAGAGAGGCCUUGUGAGGCCGCCGCCGCUGCUGCUGCCAUGGCUCAGGGCUCGGACAGCAACGACGCAAGCUACAGGUCGCCGUCACCUGGAGGCAGGCAGAGCUCGUCGGACGACGUGAAGAAGGUGAUGCGGCGGGAGAAGAACCGCAUCGCGGCGCAGAAGAGCCGAAUGAGGCAGACGCAGAAGGCCGACAGCCUCCACCUGGAGAGCGAGAGUCUGGAGAAAGAGAACGCGGCGCUGAGGAAGGAAGUCAAGCAGCUGACGGAGGAGGCCAAGUACCUGUCGUCGGUGCUGAGCAGUCACGAGCCGCAGUGCGCGGGCCUCAGCCCGACCGCGCCGGGCCUUCCGUACCCGCCUCGCCACCAGCAUCACGCCGCCUACCACCAGCACGUCGCCGUGCCGCACUACCAGCACUGACGUGGAUCCGAUCACGUCUCCAGAACUCUUUAUUCGGUUGGCACGUGUACCGAAUUUUGUGUACUCUGAUUGUACGCCGCCUCUGACGACCCACCAAAUACUUUUUGUUUACACUGUGGAUUCAUUUGUAAAUUGCUUCUUUUUUUUUUUGUCAUGAAACCUGUUACAUUGUUUUAAUUUUCCCUGCUGUGUUGACGUGGACCUCAAAAGCUCAGGAGAUUUUUUUUUUUUCGACUCAUUUGAUUGUUGGACAAAGCGAAUGUAAAGUCGAGCCAAAGUUUGACAAGCUGAGAUAUUUAUUAAAUGUUGAAUUGCA